AUGCCCUGGAAAUUGACACCCCUUCUGCUGUUUCUGGCCUGGAUGGCCUACCAGUGCAGUGCCCAGGCCAGGACAGACCUGCUCAAUGUCUGCAUGGUUGCCAAGCACCACAAGAUAAAGCCAGGCCCUGAGGACAAGCUACAUGACCAGUGCAUCCCCUGGAAGAAGAAUGCCUGCUGCUCUGCCAAAGUCAGCCAGGAGCUGCACAGGGACACCUCCUCCCUGUAUAACUUUAACUGGGAUCACUGUGGCAAGAUGGAGCCCGCCUGCAAGCGCCACUUCAUUCAGGACAACUGUUUAUACGAGUGCUCACCUAACCUGGGGCCCUGGAUCCAGGAGGUGAACCAGAGCUGGCGCAAAGAACGGUUCCUGAACGUGCCCCUGUGCAAAGAGGACUGUCAGAGCUGGUGGGAAGACUGCCGCACCUCCUACACCUGCAAGAGCAACUGGCACAAGGGCUGGAACUGGACCUCAGGAUCUAACAAGUGUCCAACUGGGACCACCUGUGGCACAUUUGAGUUCUACUUCCCCACGCCGGCAGCCCUGUGUGAGGGCCUCUGGAGUCACUCCUACAAGCUCAGCAACUACAGCCGGGGCAGUGGCCGCUGCAUCCAGAUGUGGUUCGACCCCGCCCAGGGCAACCCCAACGAGGAGGUGGCGAGGUUCUAUGCCUUGGCCAUGACUGCUGGGGCCAUGCCCCAGGGGAUUAGACCUCUCCUGCUCUGCCUGGCCCUGAUUUUGCCACUCUGGCUCCAUGACUGA